AACCGUUUCGGGACGAUAGGGAUGUUUUUAUCCCGAAGAAAUUCAAAAAAUCGUAUCUGUCACAAUAUGGAAGCGAUUCGGUUCAAAACAGUCCCAAAUCAUACAUUAUACUCUUCUCUACAAAAACAAAAAUAUCAGCUGUUGGUUGGAGUCAUCAGUUUUUUAUUAAAUGUCAUUUUCUUAGACACGUUGUUGCGUAGAUGGUAUUUGUUUGGAAAAAGCUUAGAAAAUAAGUGAUUUUUAAUUGAAUUAUAGUUACAUUUUGUGCAAAAAGUGCUAAUCUAUUGAAAUAAAAAGUUUAGAAUAAAGAAUAACUUAUUUUCCUUAUAAGAAGUCAAGAGAAUGGAGAGACCACGCAGACUGGGUGUUUCACAAAUUCAGAACUUUUUGAAUGAAUCGAGUGAUGAGGAUGAUCUGUUUGCUGAUAGUGGUUCCGCAUACAGUCCCAGUGAAAAAAGCAACAUUGAUUCAGAAGAUGGAGAAAACACACAGCCCGGCAGAGCAUAUGAUGAAGAAAUGGAAAUUGAUCGUGGAAAUGAAAGUGCUAUAGAUGAAAUUGAUGGUGGAAAUGAAAGUGCUAUGGAUGAAAAUGAUGGUGAAAAUGAAAGUACUGAUGAUGAAAUAUACGAAAUUGAACGUUUGGAAGAAGAUAAUGUGAAUGAAUGGCCUGAUGAUAUUAUAAUAUGGACAGACCCACAACCGACAUUCAAGCCACGAUUCACUAUUAGCCAAGAACGAAUCAUUAGUAAUCAGGGCAUAACUCGUGGACUGACACCUUUGGAGGUAUUUUUCAAGCUAUUGCCUAGAAGCUUUAUUCAUCACAUAGUAGAUUGUACCAAUGAGAGAAUUGAUAUUCACAAUAUAAGCCAUGUAAAAAACAAACGAGCUAGAACCGAUUUUGGUGAGAUCCUCAUAAUUCUCGGAUGCACAUUUGUAAUGUCAUAUAAUCGAGUGCCUUCUUUGAAGGACUAUUUUUCAAAUAGCCCUUCAUUGGGGAAUCCAUACAAAAAAAAAGCCAUGUCCAGAGAUCGGUUCUUACACGUUAUGUCCAAACUAUAUUUUUCCUCGUUAUCAUACCAGCCUGAUCCAAAACCUAAAACAUAUUUCAUUGAUGAUUUGGUCAAUUGCCUCAAAAGCACCUUUCAAAAAUGUAGAUCCGACUCUCCAUUCCAAAGCAUUGAUGAGUCUAUGACCAAAUUUUUGGGUCGCUCUACCUUGAAGCAGUAUAUGCCAUUGAAGCCAGUGAAGAGAGGAAUAAAAUUAUGGAUGAGAUGCGACAGUAUGACUGGCUAUACUUACGAUUUUAAUAUAUAUUCCGGAAAAGAAGACAAUUCGCAUACAUCACCCACAUUAGGCGAACGCGUUGUUAUGAAAUUGGCAUCGACCAUCAGACAUCCUGACACUACAUUGUGUUUUGACCGUUUUUUCACGUCAACAAAAUUGAUAAAUAAUAUUCCUUUUCCAGCUUUAGGUACCUGUAUAUCUAAUAGAAAAAAUUUACCUAAAGUUACUGAAAAACUAAACAGAGGAGAAUAUGUUUUCAAGUGUAAUUCAUCUGGUACUUUGGCAGUGGUUUGGCAAGAUACUAAACAGGUAAUGCUUCUAAGCAAUUGCCAUGAGGCUACAGUGGGCACCGUUCAAAGAAAACAAAAAGAUGGCACCAGAGUUGAUGUGACUUGUCCAGAUUUAGUGAAAACAUACCGAAACAUUAUGGGUGGCGUAGAUUUGGCCGACAAAAUGGUUACCCUGUAUGAACUAGACCGAAAGUCUGCUAAAUGGUGGCGAAAAGUUUUCUUUCGACUUAUGAUGACAUGCGCCGUAAAUGCUUGGAUUACCCAUGCGGAAACAAACCAUCCACGUCUGAAAAGAGAACCGUUCUUGGGAUUCUUGGUAGAGCUAUCCGAAUGCCUCAUCGACGAAGGGAAAAAGAAUGCGAAAAUUCAGCGCAAAGUUCGAACAGGACCGGUCUCCGCAAUGAAGAAAAAAAUUCAACAAAAUCUGGGAGAUCAUUUGCCACAAAGAACGAAGAAGAGACAACGAUGC